AUGAAUCAAUUUCAACUCUUCCCAUCACCCUCGGAUAGCAGACCAUCGCAGGAACUGCCAAGAGUACCGAGAAAGCCAACUAUGAAGACACCUACAGAUAUGAGACCCAUGGAGGAGAUACGUGACAAGAGCAGUCCUACGGAAGCUGUCAUCUUUAAACUUAUCGAGGAUACCCAUACUAGAAUCAAAUCGCCGCCAAAGGCCAUGUCCAGGUCGAACCCAGUAUCCAUCCCAGAGACAAUACGAGAGCGUGAAACAUCUAAGUCUCCUCUGCGACAUGACCGCCACAAGCGGCCGACAGAGAGAGUUGGCUCCCCUUCACACUCGGUCAGAUCUUCGCCCCAGAACAGCUCACCUGCUGCAGCACCGGUGGUACCAAUGAAGUCGACGUUCCCUCGAUAUAACUUCGACCUUCCGAUGAACCAACAGCACUACUACCCCGACCCUUCAUUUAAUGGUCACUGGGAUUUGCCUAGAUCUGAGUCGGAGACACCACCCCCAGAGAUAGAUCGCGCCCUUGGGCCUAAGACAGUUCCCGCAAGUGUGCUUAACUUUCCGGUUGGGGUUCUUGAUCCAGUGGAGAGAUAUUCCACGCAGGAAGAGCUGCAGAGUCUAUGGGAAAUUGCCAACGGUCAACGCCCACAGAGCCUUCCCGGGACUUUUAACCUGUGUCUUGAACGGAUCGACGCCAAUAUACUUUCAUUCGGAGACCCAAAAUCACCGUUCUAUACACUGCAAACCAAUUCAAAAAGUGACAUAUCAAUUAUCCGAAAACACCCCUCCAAACAUGAUAGCAGCGUCCCUGUAAUGAACCUAAAACUAGAAGACAAAUCUCGUCGCCAACCUCCCUACGACGGACUAAUAUCGAUCCUAUUUCCACGACUCGCAGGCAUCCUAGCCAUAGACCAAGCUGCAGAAGUGGCGGGAGAGCUUCGUCUCUCACCCACGGAGGCGACCAAAGCAGAAGGAGAAGCACUCAAACGAGUAGCAGCUCAGGAAUCCUGCAAGUUGUUAUGGAACCAAUCGAAACGAGUGUACGAACUUCACCACCCCGCGUUGUGCAAGCAGCCUCCCGCGCUGGUUGGUGCUGCUGGCAUUCCUCUGUCGCCAGUACGUUCGAAAUAUUCGGGGGUCCUACACAUUACAGUUUCUAGUCUAUCUAAGGAGGGAGAAUUCAGCCAACCACCCACCAUUUUGGUUACUACCCCUCUGCCAGCCAAUGCCGUUGAGACGGGUGCCAUGGCGGCUACGCCUCGCACAUCGACGCUCCCACUGACAGAUGCCGAUGAGCCUUUGGCGUCGUUGGAUCUGAGGACCAUGACCUUGUCGUUAGCUACGGGGUCCAUAGUUGCGACGAUCCCGUCGUUAUAUGCUGUUGACUGUCUCGUUUCUGCGCUACUGACUGUGGCGGUGUCUGACGAGUCUACGAGACCUGUUCUUGAGGGACUCAAGCUGUAUGACCAGGGGACUUCAAGAUCCCCGUUGUCAAGCCCUAAAGAGAUGAUCACUACCCUAGCAGAGCGGGAAGAUGCUAAAGAAGGUAGUCAGCUGUGGUUGAAGGUAAAAUCGCAGUCUAACUCUGAUGAUCGAAAGCGGCACCAGUUCUGGAGCCGCAAGUCCAAGGGGCCGAUGAACCGGACAAUCGUAGUGGAGGAGUUCGACAUGGACAAGUACGGGCGAUACCAAGGAGGUCCACAGGAGGGAGAGGAGCUUCCGCGGAUUACCCAGGGAUGCUUGCGGGUGUUGUUCUGGGGGUACAAUGUGGUAGUGCACGGAAUUACAAUGGUUGUCAAGGGGAUUGCUUGGAUGGUGGUGAACCUGACUCGGUGUUGUGCCACUGAUAAUCAUACUUUGUAA